ACCGCUGGCAGAACGCUACAGUCUCCGGUGUGAGAAGCGCGUCGAGAUGAUCAUCUGACUGAAGUUUGAAGAAGCUCGCUCUUAUUCACUGACUUUGGGGGAUUCGCUCGAGCAGAACAAAACAAGAAGGAGCUGAUGUUUAUCCCACGGAUCUACUGGACAGCACAUACACGUGACAACAUCAUCUCCCACAAAUCCCAGGAGACUCUUCCUUCUAUGUGGAUUAAAGUCUAUAUCAGGGAAACUAGAGCUUAAACGACUGGGAUUUUUCCCAUGUUCUGUAGGAAAUGAGACUUUGGCAUCUGUCUUUUCUCUCUACAUGGACGAAAAGCCAAGGAAAGUGUACUAAAAGCUGACCGACAGGAUUAAGUUAACUUACAAAACUUACAAAAAACCCAAAGAAGAGCCUGAUGGUGUCAUAUGAUAUGACUAAUUGUACUCAGUCAGAGCGCCCAGCUGCAGCACUUUGACUCCUGAUGAAACUGAUGUUUUUCUGCAUAAUUCGUAGUCAGUUUGGAGCCGUUAGCCCUGCCGCACUGUGUGUCAUAGCAUGUGGCUUGGGCUCAACAUCCACAGCAUCUUAAUUACACAGCCGAACCGAUUUAGACCACGGAGGAAACAUCACUACAUCUGGAGAUAUGCUGCCAUGUAGAGGGAUGCACAAAGCUGGAGACAUCUGAUCUGCUUUCCUCACAUUUUUGGUUCUCUUUACCUAUGCGAUUACCCAAAAGAAGCCCAAGAGAUCCCGCUCUCUCUCACUCAUGCACCUACGGCAGCCAUGAGGGUUGCACCAACACAUUUGGCUGGACUACAGAGCAGCGUUCCACGUGGAUAAAUUAGUUUAUUUCGUGUCGGGGUUACACAUUCUUGCCAUAUUUUUUUUACAACUGCACGGCUCGUGGAAGACGACAAGAAAGACUUAAAAGGGCCUGAUGCACCUUUUAAAGGCAGCAACAAAAAUGAGUAAAUUAUCAAGAGGGAGUGAGGGCUAGUUCUUCACAGACAGCGCUGAAGGAAACGCUCAACUCCCUCCACCUGCCGGCUCCGAGCGAACGAGAGCUAGAACUGAGGUCUCUGGCAGACUGGCAGUUGCAUCCUCUCCUGCUCUCUAGCCUGGUGGUUUGUUGAUGCAUAUGACUUGAUUUUCACGUUCCUCAGCCCUCCCCCUCUGUGCCCGUAUAAUGCUCUGUUGCCGGCGUGCCGUCCUGGAGCCAUGCCCAUCCCCGAGAUGGCUUUGAGCCCGGUGAAGUCUCUGUACUGGGAGGUGUUCCCCUCCAUGGCCACGCAGCGGGUGUACUGCACGCCCGUGCUCUGGGCCGGGCGCCUCUACGUGCUGGGGGGCUGCAGUGAGAACGGCCUUCCUCUGGACUCUGUUGAGGUGCUGGAUCUGGAGAGCCAGCGCUGGUGCGAGCUGCCCCCUCUCCUCACCGCUCGGGCUGGGGCAUCCGCCGUGGCCGUCGGAGACCAGCUGAUGGUCAUGGGAGGCAUGGACGCGCAGCAGAGCCCGCUGGCCUCAGUGGAAGUAUAUCACCCUGAUGAGGGCAAGUGGGAGAGGAAGACGGGACUGGGGCAGCCCUCUAUGGGCAUCACCAUGCUGGAGAACGAUGGCAAGGUAUAUGCACUGGGUGGGAUGGGAGCCGACACGACUCCUCAGGCCUCAGUGAGGCUGUAUGAGCCGACAAAGGACCAGUGGCUGCCCCACACCUCCAUGCCCACCCCGCGCUACGGAGCCUUCUCCUUCCUGCGCGGUAGCAAGAUCUAUGUUCUGGGUGGGCGUCAGGGCAAGCUGCCAGUGACCGCAUUCGAGGCCUUCGACCUUGAGAUGAAGAGUUGGACGCGGUAUCCGUGCAUCCCCAGCCGCAGAGCGUUCUCCUCAUGUGCUGCCAGCGACAGGGCUUUUUUCAGCCUGGGGGGUCUUCAGCAGCCUGGACCCCACAACUUUUACUCCAGACCUCACUUCGUCUCCACUGUAGAGGAAUUUGAUUGUGAGCAGGGUGUGUGGUUGAAAGCCACGCGGAGCUGUCGCAUGAGAGAGAAGCGGGCAGACUUCGUAGCUGGCUGUCUCGGUGGACGGAUCAUCGCUGCGGGGGGACUCGGUAACCAGCCAUCCCCACUGGCAUCAGUGGAGAGUUAUAACCAGCUGAAGAGGAGAUGGGAACCCGUGGCUCCGUUACCCAGCCCUCGCUGCUCCUGUGCCUCCAUUCAGACCCCCAACAUGCUGUUCCUCAUCGGAGGGGUGUCCCAGGGUCCCAGCAACGCCGUGGAAGCCCUCUGUUUGAAAGAGACAGUCUGACACACACAUACACACACUAAUGAACAACUACACAAAUCCUCACAUGCUGUACUUUCCGGAGUGUAAGCUCUGCAAACACACACGAGCAUACUGACGUCAAGUUGACGUGUAUGUCUCCGACAAAUAUUCACAGACUUUCCCCUCAGAGGACGCAUCAGCUUUAUACUUUGAAUAGUGGAGACAAUCUACUGGAGCUUGGACAGCAUUCCACACCCCUGGACAGAAGAGUUUUGGA